CAGAGAGGAGGACAGAGAGGAGGACAGAGAGGAGGACAGAGACAGAGAGACUUACCGGGGGUGAGCCGGGACUCUGCCGCCGCCGGACCGUUCGGAGCACCGGAGGAGCAGGAGGGAGGAGGGACACGGUCCGCCGCAGAGGAGGUGAGCGGCGGCUCGGAGUCCGGGUGUUCCCCCGGUACCGUCAGCUCGGUUGGUCGGACCUGCAGGUGAGCCCGGCUCACAUUCUUACACCAGGAUGUUUGAGGACCUGGUUGAAGCCUUCUGUGGCGUGGAGCCUCGAGUGUCUCCAGAGGAUGGGGGGAGCCAGAGUGGAGGACUCUUUGAGGACGAUGAGGGGACAGAGUCCAGUCUGAGCGUUGGCCAGUUCGUGCUCUGCCACUGGUCAGAUGGACUCUACUACGUAGGGAAGAUACAGAGGGUGAGCCCUCCUAGGCAGAGCUGCUUCGUCACGUUUGAGGACAACUCCAAGUUCUGGGUGCUGUGGAAGGACAUCCAACACGCUGGUGUACCGGGGGAGGAGCCUCACUGCACUGUGUGCCAAGGGGCGGAGUCAAACUCUGACAGCCAAUCAAAGGAGACCAAUGAAAUUCUGAUCUGUGGGAAGUGUGGCAUUGGCUUCCACCAGCUGUGCCAUGUUCCUCCAGUAGAGGGCGACAUCAGCGACCUGAGCCCCUGGUUCUGCAGACAGUGUGUCUUUGCUCUGGCUGUCCGGAAAGGCGGCGCUCUGAAGAAAGGACCAGUAGCCAAAGCUCUGUGGGCCAUGAAGCAGGUCCUGCCAUACAGCCUGUCUUCUCUGAACUGGGACUCUCAGCACCGGACCAACCAGCAGCAGUGUUACUGCUACUGCGGCGGCCCUGGAGAGUGGUACCUGAAGAUGUUGCAGUGCUCCAGGUGUCAGCAGUGGUUCCAUGAAGCGUGCACCCAGUGUCUGCAGGAGUCCAUGAUGUUUGGAGACAGGUUCUACGUGUUCCUGUGUGCAGUGUGUAACAAGGGGUCAGAGUACGUCCGCCGCCUUCCUCUCAGGUGGGUCGAUGUGGUUCACCUGGUUCUGUACAACCUGUCCGUCAGCAGCAAGAAGAAAUACUUUGAGCUGGACGAGAUCCUGGCCUUCGUCUCUUCCAACUGGGACCAGUUACAGCUGGGAAAGCUGUCCAACACUCCUCCUGCAGAGAGGGGGCAGCACCUGCUGGACGCUCUGAACAAAUACAAGAGCAAGUUUCUGUGUGGAAAGGAGAUUAAAAAGAGGAAAUGCAUUUUUCGUCUGAGGACACGAGUUCCUCCCAACCCCCCCAACAAACUGUUUCCUGACCGUGCUCCAAAUGAUCGGGGGCGGAGCCACAAGAAGAUCUCAGACAGUGGUCCAGCUGAGAGGAAGAAGAAGAAAUCAAAGUGGCUUCUCGAAGACGCCAUUCCUAACAACAAGCUGACCUGCAGCUGGACCUCCAACCACCACAUGGCCAACAUCUUUGACUUCACCCUGGACGAGCUGCAGAGCCUCAAGAGCAACUCCAGCAGAACCGUCAGCAUCGAUCAGGACUCAACAGAUGCCUCCACCUCAGGUUCUGCUUCAACAAGCAGCUCUUACCACUUCAGGAGGAGGGUGGGCAGCAGGAAGAGGAAGUUACCCAGCAACAGCUACAGCCAGUGGGCCAAUCGCAGCGAAGCAGGGGAGGAGCCUUCUGAGACCGACCCUGCUGCUGCAAGCCACGCCCACCUGACCACAGAGGCCUCCUGCUUUCUGUCAGACUCCUCCCACCUCCACUCCUCCAUCUCCUCUUAUUUUGGAGUGGCGGGCAGACUGACCAAUGGGGAGAGGUAUCAGGUGCUGGCCCGCCGUGUCACUCGUCAGGGGACGGUCCAGUACCUGCUGGAGUGGGAGGGGUCAGCACCUUAUUAGGACAGUUCAA